AUGACUACGGGCACGAUACUGCGCAAGGUGCUUGGCAGUGAGGGCGACAAGUUGAACUGGAAGAAGAAGGUCGCCGAAGCACGGAGUUUGCGGCUACCCAUCAUUCUUCUGCAGAUGAUGAUGCGGGACGAGGCUCAGCGCCAUGGAGACACUGCGCUGCUCAAGCUGCUACCCGACGAUCUCGAGUGGCGCCGCCUGUUGGUCCUCGUAUGCAGGACAGGAUACACGGAGAAGCAAUUACAAGACUACAGGCAUAUUUUACAAGGGACAUCGGACGACGAACGAUGCCGCCGGUUGCUGCACUUGGGAGGCGCUGCGCCCAUGUUUCUCUUUUCGUUCCUUGUCCGGUCAUCAUCUAGGCUGACAGACGUUUCGACCCUCGCCAAGCUGAUCGAAAGCUGCCACGUAUAUUACGCGGUUGGCGAGCAGCAGCGGCGCGGACAUGGACGCGAUUCACCUACCGCUGGCUCGAUUACCGAAAAGGCGCUCAACCUGGGCCAGGACAAGUUCGAUCUGGUUAUGCGCCUUCUCACACGGCAAUGCCUACGGCUUGAGCCCAGGCUCAUUGUCAAGCUAGCCGAGGUGGCCGCGCGGCACAUCCAGAGCAUCGCAACCUACGCGGAGGAGCCCAGAAAGCUGUUUCUGGUGCAGUGCGAGGUGUUCAACAAGUGUCUGCGGAUAUUCCGACCCCAUGCAGGCGUCCAGCUGGCACAGAGGUCGUUGCCAAACGCGUACUUUUGGGAAGCGCAGAGGAUCUUGCUAGCCAUGUCCGACAGCCUCGGCAAGCCGCUCCUCCUCGACCGCGGGGGCUUCCGAGCGAUUCGAGAGGUGUUGGCGGGCCAGCCAAAGAAUCAAAUUGAGAUACACAGCUCCACAAGGCACGCACCUACGUGGCCGCCCUACCUGCAGCCCGGCGACGGCAUGGACGAGCGAGCGGACCCAGAAGAGAACUGGAGCCGGACGGUGAGCGCCGGGAUGCUAAUGCAGGAAGCUGGGUUCGCCAAGGACGAGCACGACGACGCCCUGGACAUUCUGCAAGGCAUGACGACGGAUGGCACGCCCACGAUCCAGCAGCGGGCUCUCAUGGGGCGCGGGCGACAUGUCGGAGUUUGGGAGGCGUCCAUUAGGGCGACCAGAAAUGCCCAAGAGGCGUGGGAAAGAUUCCAAAACCCGCCCGAAGCAGGAGCAAAGGCCGGGCCGCAGGAGUACGCGGCCAUGUUGGAGAAGCUGGUGCUCCGGGAGGCUGACGGAGGCAGCCGACUGCUGCCCGGGGACAAGGCGCUCAAUUUCCCGACUCACCACGAGGCCAACUUGGCGGAGUUUGAGCGAGCGCGGCUGCGGCCCCCAAGCGUGGCACAGCUCUACCACCACAUGCGACUCAACGGCGUCAAGCCGCGCGACAACUGCCUCCGAAUCCUUGUGGCCAACGCGGAGUCGCUGGACACGGCACACAGGUAUCUGCGCGAAAGCACGGAAAAGGGCAGGGUCGUGCGGGCCCUGAUGGCAGACGAGCCCGAGCCGGCAUCGCUCAGGGCAGUGCCUAUGGGCCUCUUUGCAGCCUACAUCCAGGCGUGCUCGCGGACAGAGGGCAAGCGGGGUGGGCGGCAGCUGAUGCGUGCCGUUCGCAUGGCCGAGAUGCGGCUCGACGCUGAUGAGUCCCGCUGGAGCCCGUACAUCUGGGGGCUCAUCCUCAAGAACCUGUCCCAGCACCACCGGGCCCUCCGCAUGUCACUCUCUGAGCAGGUGGACAUGUUCCUUCACGUAACCGAGCGAAUCGAGCACAGCCACGGGCUGCACCUGUCCACCUUUGUUCAGCUGGCCAAGUGCAUCCGCAAGGCAACGCGGCGGGAGGUGGUCAAGCUCUUGGCCGACCUGGAGUCUGGUGAAACGACAAAGCGCAGCCACGUGUGGCAGUUGUACGACAGACAAGCAGCCGCAUCUACAACUACCGACGGGCACCGUCUGCCAUCUGGCAAACCGCAUUCAGCCUCUGCGAGAACGCCUUUGUUCUUGCUCAACAGCGCUGCCGAUCGCAUAAAGGAGAUUUUCGACACCCUCGUGGAGCGUGAAAGCAAGAGCCGAGCGGUUCUAGACGCGCAAAACGUGGCGGCGCUGGAGAGGAUAAGCGCGCGGAUGGAUCCCGUGAGGAGCGACCACGUCCACGAGUACACGCUGUCGCUGGCGUUUGUUGGCGAGUUUGGCGAAAUGGCAAGGACCUUGCGGUGGGUAAUGGAGCAGUGGAGCCAGGAGGACGUGGUCGAGGCGAUGGCCGGCCUGGACGAGCCGCCAGCACACGGCGACUUCUUUGAGGCGUUGUGUGUGUUCCGCCUCCUGGCAGAGCCGAUGCUGGACAGGGAGACUGUGUCGACGGUGCGGACCAGCGCGGCGGGCCUCCCACUGGGCUGGACGUGGCCAGACGACGAGGCGGUGGCGGCGUAUGCCGAGAUGCAGCACGACGAGUCGAUUGCUGCGCUGCGCCGCGUGCUGGACUGGGUGAGGGCGCGGCAGGCGGGCGGCAGAGGCGACGACGCGGAACAGGGCCGCGCACCCAAUCAACGGUAG